AGUUGUCCGGCCAGAGCGAAAGAAACCGCAGACCGACGUGCCCGUGUUCCCAAGUGAUCGACAGAAAAGUGCAAACGACAAAAUAAAUAUAAAAAACAAUCAAAAUGACAAAUUGGUGAAGACAACAAUAGAGCGUGGAGCGUAGCGGCGAUUUCCAAUGAAAAAGAAUGCCAAGUAAACAAAUAACAAAUCAAUCGCAGACACAGCAACCGCCACUCAAUAACGUACAAAUAACAAUUGCGGAACCCCCCGCCAACGAAAUUUGUGAAUUGUGUUACGUAGUGAGUGCACAGCCCGGAGGCACAUCCGCCAAAAUGCCAAUGCUGCCGACCAUCGAGGAGGAGGGCAAACUGUCCUGGCUGCGCCUCAUGUGGCGCUAUCGCCUACAGUUUCAGUCCAUGGCUGCGGCUUCGAUUGUUUUUGUGGGCUCUGGCAUGCGGCUGGCAUGGUCCAUCUUUGACACGCCCGCUGGCAAGUUUAUGAACAACAACAACACACAGAAUCUGAUGAUGAGCUGGUUCAUUGGCGCCGCUUUGGGCGCCCUGUUGGCCGCCUUCUUUGUGCAGCGUGUCACCAAAAAUGUUGCCUAUACAUCCAGUGGCUUUCUGUUGCUCAUGGCCGGCGUUCUGAAUCUGGCGCUGCCUCAGCACUUUGGUGCCGCCUGCUACAGCAGUGUGAGUGUGGGCGCCGCCUAUGGGCUGACACAGAUACAGGCGCUGGUCACCGGCUCGGAGGUGGCCCACAAGUCCAUACGCGGCAUGCUGCUCAGCUGCGAGCGCAUUUUCCUCUGGCUAGGGGUCUGCAUCCAAGUCUUCUACACGCGCGUCUGGUACAAUCUGGAGCCGGUGCAGCGUGGCUAUGCCAUGCACAUUGAUCAGCUGCACGGCAUACUGCUGGGAGCGCUGGGACUGGCGGCUGUUAUACUGGCACUGGCCCAUCGACUGGAGUCGCCGCUGCUGCUGCUGCACCAGGAACGGGACAUGGCCGUGGGCGACACGCUCAAGCAGCUGAAUGGGCAGUCGGCCACGGAGCUGGUGCGCCUGCGCGAGGAUUGCCGCCAGCUGCACAAUGCCCGCGACUGGGAGCAGUUUGUGGAGGAGCCGGAGGAGAUCCCUGGCUGGCAUCGCCUGGCGCGUCGCGUGCUGCCACUGCUGAAGGUGCUGCUGCUGCGCUGCUUUGCCACCCUGGCCCUGUCGCUGUCCUUCAACCGCGCCUUCCUCGUCGUCAGCUGGCAUGGCCUGGAGUGCGACAUGAACUGCCUGUAUUGGCUGGCAUUCGCUGGGCUGGUGGGCAGCUUGGGUGGUGCCUUCCUCGUGGACACUCAGGGACGUCGCAAGCUGUGUUCCCUCUCCCUCUUCAUAGCUGGCAUCAUCAUUGUCAUGGUGGGCGGCGUCUUUGAGCAUUUGGAGUCCGUGAAGAAGACCUUCUUUGAUAUCAAUCUGCAGGCCAUUGCCCUGCUGAUGCUGCUCUUCGAGCUGAUUGUCUCGGGCGGUGUGGCGGUGCCGGCUCUCAUCUACACGGCGGAGGCGUUCAGCAUUGCCCACAAGGCACGCUGCCUGGCCGGCAUUCUGGUCUGUGAGCAGCUGCUGCAGUUGGGCCUGCUCCUGGCCGCUUUCAACCAUUGCCUGACGGAUUCCAUUCUGUUUUUUACCAUCGGCGCUCUCAGCUUCUUCUUUGGACUGCUCGUGUACAUGCUGAUGCCGGAGACGCGGCACUUGACGCUCUACGAGUGUCUGCUCAAGUUCAAGAAAGUUCCUUAAACUUAAACUAAAUCUGUAUUCGUGUAGCCGUAUUCCUAUCCUUAAUCUUCGUAUUUUUAAGUGAUUCUCUGUUAUUUAAUUUUUGUACCUGUGUCUGUCCAUGUGUGCGUGUGCAUCUCUGUAUCUCUCCCCUUUUGUAUCUCUUAAGUUGCAUUAACAGAUAUAGCAUUUA